CAUCUUUCUAAGCACCUCCGAUUGUACAGGGCCUCACUGACCCUCGCCUUCGCCCCAAAACCCUUGUUCCCCUUCCUUCUCCAGCGGCGGCGGCAAAGGCGGAGGCGGAGGAUCGAAGAUGAUCAUCCCGGUUCGCUGCUUCACCUGCGGCAAGGUGAUCGGGAACAAGUGGGACCACUACCUCGAUCUUCUCCAGGCCGACUACACUGAGGGGGAUGCUCUGGAUGCCUUGGGCUUGGUUCGCUACUGCUGCCGCCGUAUGCUCAUGACCCAUGUUGACCUCAUUGAGAAGUUGCUCAACUACAACACCCUGGAGAAGACGGAGACAAGUUGAAGUUAAUUGAACCCAUUCUGCCUCGAAACCUUUGUUCCUUUGUACUUUUCAAGAUGCAGUUUCUUAUGUCAGUGCUUAGGAGGUGCAAAAUGCGAGGUCCUGAAAUGAAGUUGGUUUGUUCAUGAAUCUCCAAGGACUGUUAGUGUGACCAUGCGUUUCUACUAGUAAUAGAGUAUUAACCAACAAGUCUAUGCAUUCUCCAGUUUCAAACUUAUUAAGCUCCAAGCGUUGAACAUGUUAUUCCUGUGCUUUCUGUUGGAUCUUGUUGGUUGUGGGCACCCAUGGGUAUCUUAACAUUGAAUCGUCACUAGUGAUAUGCAUUGAACUUCCACAUGUA